AUGUCUCUUGCGGUCGCACAACAACUACCAACUGGAUAUACUGGCGUCCGGGACGAUGGGAGAGUCAGAAGUCGGACAAUCACAAGUUUGACUCCGACGUUCGCUGAAAUCAUGCAAGAAUACUCCUUGCGAUCGAACAUCACUAUGGACACUGAAGCCAGUCCCUGUGGCGAGUCUUGUUCAACAACUAUAAGGGGUUUCGGAUUCACAUCACAAUGCGACACUAGCGAAGUGGUCUUUUCGCACGACGGGAGCUUAUCAUACGAGCAAGAGCUUUUCUCCGUCAGCUCAAGUCUCUACAACGUCGAUGGCCCAAACGACGAUACAUCUAUUGUUACCGGAGUCAACAAUCUGGCGGGAUGGGAAAACACGGGUAUACGUUUUAACGCUACCUACAGUAUCCCACUCCAAGAAGGCGAUGCUGAUGGUCAAACAGACCCACAGUCUGGUAAUACACUGGACGAUCCUUACAUACAAGGCAUUGGCUCGACUGUCGGAGGCUUCCAGUACGCGGCGUCUUACCUCUUCGGAUCAAGUGUGAACUACAGAUGGGGCGGCACGAGGUUCAGUGCUGUGUUCGCAGGCUCUCUUGCUAACCAGGUGGUCAAAAUGGAUAAUAUCGGCACCGGCCAGGCUACUAUCCAAGACCCAAUGGACCAGAUGCUCGACGCGCCACGAGAAAUCACCUUCCGUACAGCAGUACAUGCAGGCAAAGAUACCAGCACCCACAACGUCACUAACGCCGUCCAAUCAUACAUGGUCGCUGCAGCCAUAUUAAGCAUUCUAAGCAUCAUCGCGGUCGGCGCAACAUUUUACGGAUGGUGGGAAUUAAGAAGGGCGUUCUCCAUGGGUCCGUUGGAGCUGGCAUUGGCGUUCGAGGCGCCGCUACUGAAGGCUGCUGGUGAAGAUGCGAGUUUGGGUGAUAGUGCGCAUCGAAGUACUGCGCGCGAACCACGUGUGCAGUUUGGUAAGAAGGUGGUGGAUGAUGAGGGAUAGUUUCCGUCCGGUACAGCAAGUCGAAGGUUAGUUUUGGGGUUGGCGACAGAUGUGCAGAGGCCGAGGAAGGGCACGAUGUAUACCUAGGUAACUAAGAAG